CCUACAGCAAGAAAUUGAAAAUAAGGAUGAGCGCCAUGUCUGAUCCUCCGCUUGUGGAAUAGAGCGGACGGUAGAGCGAAUAUUUCCCGGGCCACGGGUCCCUGUGGGGAUUCGUUCCUGAUAAUGGCCGACAGCGCGGGGAUCCAGCAAGGUUCGCCGGCCAUCGGAGCUGCGGGCUCGGUUCCGGCCGCUCCUGGAGCCGCGGGGACGGAGGGCUCUGGCGCCGCUGGAGGAUCUGCACGUAUCGCCGUGAAGAAGGCGCAACUCCGCUCCUCUCCUCGGCCGAAGAAACUGGAAAAACUCGGAGUGUAUUCAUCCUGCAAAGCUGAGGGAGCCUGUAAAUGUAAUGGCUGGAAAAGUCAGAACCCCCCUCCUACUCCCCCGCGAACCGACCAGCAGUCCAACACAGUCAACCUGCAGGAGCCCUGCCGCAGCUGCUCUCACACUUUAGGUGAUCAUGUGACCCACCUAGAAAACGUAUCAGAGGAAGAAAUGAACAGACUUCUGGGUAUUGUCCUGGACGUGGAGUAUCUCUACACAUGCGUUCACAAAGAGGAGGACGCCGACACUAAGCAGGUCUACUUUUCGCUCUUCAAACUGCUGAGGAAAUCCAUUCUGCAGAUGGGUAAACCAAUGUUAGAAGCACAGGAGAGUCCUCCGUUUGAAAAACCCAGCAUUGAGCAAGGGGUGAAUAAUUUUGUCCAGUACAAAUUCAGCCACCUUCCAUCAAAGGAACGCCAAACAAUCGUGGAGCUGGCAAAGAUGUUUCUCAACCAGAUCAACUACUGGCAGCUGGAGACGCCCUCACAGAGACGCCUAAGGGUGCCCAAUGACGACUUAGCCGGGUACAAAGCCAACUACACAAGAUGGCUCUGCUACUGCAAUGUGCCUCAGUUCUGUGACAGUCUCCCCCGGUACGAGACCACUCAGAUCUUCGGCCGGACACUGUUACGUUCUGUGUUCACUGUGAUGAGGAAGCAGCUGCUCGAGCAGGCAAGACAGGAAAAGGACAAGCUGCCACCUGAGAAACGCACACUCAUCCUGACACACUUUCCCAAGUUCUUGUCGAUGCUGGAGGAGGAGGUUUACAGCCACAGCUCGCCGAUCUGGAGCCAAGAUUUCUUGGCAGGAGCAUCAGGGGGACAGAUUCCUAUUCACACAGUUAUCAGUGCGCCCCCUGUGGCCAGACCUUUGUACUAUAGCACUAGUCCAGUGUCAGUGGACCCCUCCACCUGUGGCAGCGUCAGUCCAGCCAGGAAAACAGCGUCCGUGUUGGAGUCAAACCCAGUUGGGGAGAAGCGUAAACCCUCCGAGCCCCUUCCACAUGAGGAAACCAAGAGACCACGGGUGGUGGGUGACAUCCCUAUGGACCUCAUCAAUGAAGUCAUGGCAACCAUCACUGACCCUGCCGCCAUCCCUGAGACCAAUCUGCUGUCAGCUCACUCUGCGCGGGACGAAGCCGCUCGUUUAGAGGAGCGCAGGGGGGUGAUUGAAUUCCAUGUCAUUGGUAACUCCCUAAACCAGAAGCCCAAUAAGCGGAUCUUGAUGUGGCUCGUCGGCCUCCAAAAUGUCUUCUCCCACCAACUUCCCCGUAUGCCCAAGGAGUACAUCACGCGGCUGGUCUUUGAUCCGAAGCACAAGACUCUGUCACUGAUCAAAGACGGCCGCGUCAUCGGAGGGAUCUGCUUUCGCAUGUUUCCGUCACAGGGUUUCACAGAAAUCGUCUUCUGUGCUGUCACAUCCAACGAGCAGGUCAAGGGAUAUGGAACCCACCUGAUGAACCACCUGAAGGAAUAUCACAUCAAGCAUGAAAUCCUCAACUUCCUCACUUAUGCUGACGAGUACGCCAUUGGCUAUUUCAAAAAACAGGGUUUCUCAAAGGACAUCAAGGUUCCCAAGGCCAAGUAUGUGGGCUACAUCAAGGACUAUGAGGGAGCCACACUCAUGGGCUGUGAACUCAACCCCAGUAUCCCCUACACAGAGUUCUCUGUUAUCAUCAAGAAGCAGAAGGAGAUCAUUAAGAAACUGAUCGAGAGGAAGCAGACUCAGAUCAGAAAAGUCUAUCCUGGACUUUCCUGUUUUAAGGAAGGAGUUCGGCAAAUUCCCAUAGAAUGUAUUCCAGGCAUACGUGAAACUGGAUGGAAACCUGUGGGCAAAGGGAAGGAACUGAAAGACCCUGAUCAACUGUAUAACACGCUGAAGACUAUCCUCCAACAUGUGAAGAGUCACCAGAACGCCUGGCCUUUCAUGGAGCCUGUGAAGAAAACAGAGGCUCCUGGGUACUAUCAAGUGAUUCGCUUCCCCAUGGACCUCAAGACAAUGAGUGAACGCCUAAAGAGCCGGUACUACACGACUCGCAAGUUGUUCAUGGCGGACAUGCAGCGCAUCUUCACCAACUGUCGUGAAUACAACCCACCAGAGAGCGAGUACUACAAGUGUGCCAACUUACUUGAGAAGUUCUUCUACACCAAAAUCAAAGAAGCAGGCCUCAUUGAGAAGUAGGAGAAGAAGACGUUUCUCCUUGACAGAGGAUGAGACAGACCUUAAAACUAGUGGUCAAGGCGAGGAUAUAGUGUGUUGAUGAUUCAAAUGACAGCUGUGUGCAGAGACAAGCCAAGGAUAGGACUACUGAUUCUGGAGCAGUUAGGUUUCAGGAAGGUGUGGAAGGUCCACACAGGUCUCAGAUCGGCACUCUCAAUGUUUGAUGCAUGCAGGCAAAGAUCCUGAAUCAGUACCAUUUACACUGAACAAACGGCCACAAGGGAAGGUCUCACUGACAACCAGCGAGUCUGUUGCUGAGAAGAAACAAAAAAAGCUUGUGUCUUCAUAUUUCAUUAGAAAUCCCAGGGUGCCAUGGAAAGAGAGGACAGUGGAAGCUGAAAUAGGAAAACAUACUAAAUAGGGCUUAUUUUUCGGAAGGGUACGACAGCUGACUGCGGUAUAACUUCAUCUCUCCUUUCAUAUCCGGCCGCUUUGAACGGCGACAUCCUCUCAGUUGACUCAGGUAGAUUUGUCAUGAGCAGCAUAGACAUCUACUGUGUGUUACAUCACUACACUAGUGUUACCUUUACGGACUGUGAUUGAGAAUAGAUUUUCCUGUCUAUAUAAUCUCGUACCUGUGAGUGUGCACGGCAUCAAUGAGGUCAAAGUUUGUCUGUGAUGAGUUCAUCCUGCCAAAAGAGGAACACAUACUUUAAAUUUGUAUGGACUUAUCAUUUUAAAGCACUUAUACCCAUUGUAUAUUUUAAAUGUGUAUAUAACAUAUAUUUUAUGUUUCAGAACUAAAUAAUCUUUUUUUAGUAAAAGCCACCAAGGGCAGUUUGUCUAUCAAAAUGCACUUUUAUUUUUCCAAGUAUUAGUUAACAUAAAUUAGAGCAUUUGUCUUCUUCAGAUUUUGUUUGACAUAUAAAUUACGGCUGUUGACCAAGAGCUAAUUUAAUUACCUGGAGUUUAUUCUUAUUUAUGUGCUGUAAUUUAAAAAGAAUUAUGCUAAAGACAAGGUUAAUUUAUUUUCUUAUUUUGUCCUGCAGAUGGAGAUUGAACUUUAUACUUUGGAGAUAAAUGAAAAGAUUGUGCAAUACUAUGUAGUUUUGCUGUUUUGUAAAAAAGGUGUUUGUACUUUUCAAACUUUAGGAAAAAUACAUUUUGUAGUGUCUGGAAAAAAUUACUUCAUGCUCUUUGUACAACUGGUUUUAAUGACAUAGUGUUACCCUAUUUUAUAGACUGAAUAAAAGAGAAGUGGGGUUAA